AGGCAAUCUCGUCUUCUCCAAUCGCCUCGAAGCUCGUCGAAUCCUCCCCCACCUCCUCAAGAUGCAAAUCUUUGUGAAGACUUUGACUGGCAAGACCAUCACCCUUGAGGUGGAGUCAUCUGACACCAUCGACAAUGUGAAGGCCAAGAUCCAGGAUAAGGAGGGCAUCCCCCCUGACCAGCAGCGCCUUAUCUUCGCAGGCAAGCAGCUUGAAGAUGGCAGGACCCUUGCGGACUACAACAUCCAGAAGGAGUCCACUCUGCACCUGGUCCUCCGUCUUCGGGGAGGCAUGCAGAUCUUCGUGAAGACACUGACAGGCAAGACCAUCACCCUUGAGGUUGAGUCGUCAGACACCAUUGACAAUGUCAAGGCCAAGAUCCAGGACAAGGAGGGCAUCCCCCCGGACCAGCAGCGUUUGAUCUUUGCUGGCAAGCAGCUGGAGGAUGGUCGCACCCUUGCUGACUACAACAUCCAGAAGGAGUCCACCCUUCACCUAGUGCUGCGUCUGCGUGGUGGUAUGCAGAUCUUUGUCAAGACCCUCACCGGCAAGACCAUCACCUUGGAGGUUGAGAGCUCCGACACCAUCGACAACGUGAAGGCCAAGAUCCAGGACAAGGAGGGCAUUCCCCCGGACCAGCAGCGUCUGAUCUUCGCUGGCAAGCAGCUGGAGGAUGGCCGCACCCUCGCUGACUACAACAUCCAGAAGGAGUCCACCCUCCACCUUGUGCUCCGCCUUCGUGGUGGCAUGCAGAUCUUUGUCAAGACCCUCACCGGCAAGACCAUCACCUUGGAGGUCGAGAGCUCCGACACCAUCGACAACGUGAAGGCCAAGAUCCAGGACAAGGAGGGCAUUCCCCCGGACCAGCAGCGUCUGAUCUUUGCAGGGAAGCAGCUGGAGGAUGGCCGCACCCUCGCUGACUACAACAUCCAGAAGGAGUCCACCCUCCACCUUGUGCUCCGCCUUCGUGGUGGCAUGCAGAUCUUUGUCAAGACCCUCACCGGCAAGACCAUCACCUUGGAGGUCGAGAGCUCUGACACCAUCGACAACGUGAAGGCCAAGAUCCAGGACAAGGAGGGCAUUCCCCCGGACCAGCAGCGUCUGAUCUUCGCAGGGAAGCAGCUGGAGGAUGGCCGCACCCUCGCUGACUACAACAUCCAGAAGGAGUCCACCCUCCACCUGGUGCUUCGUCUCCGUGGUGGUCAGUGAUGGCCUGCUGUUGGAACUGCUGCUAUACCUGGGUCGUCGUCUGGUGGGUGCCUGUGUGUUGCCCUUCAUGAAGUGUGUCUCCGUGUUAAAGUCUUGUUGAAGUCUACCUCUAUCUGGUUAAUGGACCAUCGAGUCCCCUGGUGUGUGUUGGUUUGGUGCAA